AUGAGUCGAGAGUGGAAGAAAAAGCCAGCACCAACGGAACAAUACGUCAAGAUGGAUGUGUGCUUGUGCUUGAGGAGCUUUGUGGUAAGGGUACAAGGAACUUUGUUCGAACUGGUGAUCUCCCAGGCUUUACAUGGUUGCAAGCUAUACGGACUCUCGGGAGGGUGCGCGAUGCAGAUAGAGUGUACCCUUACCCAUGGUGGGGGAGUCAGCAGGGGUAAUGUUAGUGUGGAGGAGAGGCUGCUAGGGCGUGGCCACGAAUUCAUGCAUGAACAUGAACGAGGAGCAAUGCUUGCCUACUUGCCACCUUGGGCUCUAGGAUUUAUGGCUCAGUGGUGGGAGAGGGGUGGAGGAGAGUCACGGAUUCCUCGGUUGAAACCCGCUGUGGUGGUGUUGAAACUCUUCUUAUAUAAUCUCAGACUUUUGUGCGACCCCUCGAGACCGUUUUGGGCGUAUGUCUCUUGUCGCUUGUCGUCCCCGAACUGCGACUUCAUGGGUCGCUGGUUCCAGGCGGCCACUCAGCAUGACAACCAAACACAUCAGAUCUUGGAUUGCCAGCUCGGGCCAACGAACUGGCGGUCAAAGGUGCAAGGGUGCCAUUCCAGGACCUCAGGGAUCAAGGUGUAUGAUCUCCAUGGCUUGCAGCGCCUCACAGAGGCUGCCAUGAACUACGAUCUUCGUUGUUCAGCCCGACUGACCGAGUUGAGCAUGCUCUCUCAAGCCACGGAAUUCACUGGCUGGUGGCUGAAGACGAACACGAUGCCUGACCUUGACAGUUGGGGUUGCAUAGUCCCAGUCUUCAACAAUGGGGCUUGGUGCCUAAACAAAGCAAUAUGA